CGCAAAGGGGGAAUAAACAUUGGAUUUUAUCUCUUUGUAUAAAAGGAGAUAUUUCAUUGAAUCUUUCAGUAGUUAUGCUGCUGUUACGUGUGCUCAUCUGUUUGAGCCUAUCGGCUCUGAUAUGUGCCGAAAAAGAUAACCAGAAUGAAAAAGAGUAUGCGGUUGCCGAUAAAGAAUUCGUGAGGAAAUACAAACUCAUCCUCCAACUUUUCGACCACAUAAACCAACCGAGCUUCCACAAGAGCAUCGUAGACACAGCAGCAAAGUUCGACCUGGAUAAAUUCCUGGAAGGCUACGAGAAGAAAGAUGUGGCUAAGAAAUUCCUAGUCGAACAUAAUAAGGGCCAUCUAUCACGCAGCGCCAUCUUCUCUGAAUUCAACAAGGAUCACAUACUCGAAGCCAAGGCUCUCUUCUCCUUAUUCUACAACGCGAAAGACUUCGAGGCUCUAUUCGAGGCAGCAUGUUGGGCCAGACAGAACCUAAACGGAAGACUCUUCCUCUAUUCUUUGGGCGCUGCCUUGACCCACAGAGAAGACUGCAAAAGCUUCAGCAUCCCCCCCAUCUACGAAGUCACUCCUCACUUCUUCUUCAACGCCGAGACCAUCCAGAAGGCCCAAGAAUACAAGAACAAACACUGCAGCGGCAAGACAGAGUAUCCCAAAGAUGCAGACGGCUUUGUAGGCUACACCAUAAACUCCAGUUACUCAGGGCAGUACCUCAACCUCCACCCUGACCAAGCUUUGAUGAAUUAUUACUUGGAAGACGUGGGUAUAAACGCUUUCUUCUACUACUAUUACCUGUAUUACCCUUACUGGUUGAGUGGGGAGGAACUGGGACAAAACGAUGUGUUCUACAAGCGUGGUGAAGUCUUUUACUUUCAUUCCCAAGAGUCUGCAGCGAGGUUUUACAUCGAGCGUUUAGCGAACAACCUGGGAGACAUACCGGAGAUCGAUUGGGAUUUACCCUUGGAAGCUGGUUUCAACCCAUCGAUGCGUUAUCCAAACGGCGUGGAAUUCCCGACGAGGCCAAACUUUGCUGAUCUGAGGCAAUUCUUCACCAACCAAGUGAAGAAACAGGGUCCUUCAAGGGAUUACCAACACAGUCUAACCUUGAUCAAGGACUACUCGAGAAGAAUCAGGGACGUAAUCGAUGAGGGCAUCAUUCACCAAACGAAAGAUGGAAAACCCAUCAAAAUACUCAACGAAGAAGGUCUAGACGUGUUGGGUAACAUGGUGGAAGGCAACGCGGAUUCCCCCAACCGAAGAUACUUCGGAUCCAUCCUCUUCUACGCGCGUCAUCUCCUAGGCUUCUCCUCCCAAUCCAAGGACAAGAACGCCUUGGCUCCCUCCGCCCUUGAACACUCCGAAACGGCCUUGAGAGACCCCGCCUUCUACCAGCUGUACAAAUACGUCUGCUCCUUCUUCCUCAGCUACAAGAGCUCCCUCCCGCCCUACACCAAACAAGAUCUGGAGUUUCCGGGGGUUUCCAUAAAGAAGAUCAAGUUCGACAAGCUGGUCACGCGUUACGACUACUUCUAUUCCGACCUGUCGAACGCCGUCGACGUUACCCAAGAAGACGUGGACCAGGGGGGUUUCAAGGCGAGGGUGAGGCAGUACAGGAUGAACCACGAGCCGUUCAAGUACAGGAUCUACGUGGAUUCGGAGAAGGAUCAAGUGGCCUCCGUUAGGGUGUACAUAGGACCGAAGUACGACGAGAGGGGCGAAACUGUAGAUAUGAACGACAACCGGAUCAACUUCAUCCAGUUCGACUAUUUCCCGUUCAAGCUCAAGAAAGGCCAGAAUGUCAUCGAGCGCAGCUCCAAAGAGCUCUUUGAGUACUGUGACGAACGCACGCCUUACAGGGAGACCUACCAGCAAGUCCUGGACGCAGAAUCCGGUAAAGAAGAGUUCAAGAUACGCCCCGAUGAAGUCUGCUUCCCCAGAAGAGUCGCCUUACCUAAAGGUUCGGUGGGUGGUACACCCUUCCAGUUCUACGUGAUGGUCAGUCCUUACAAGAGCAACGAGGUUGGCGCCUCCUACGAUGACACCCAUCAAUAUCCCGUCUACAGGAUGGACGAGUACCCACUGGGUUAUCCUCUGGACCGACCGAUGGAGAACGACGAGUGUUACAAGUUGCCGAACUCGCGUCUCCACGAGGCCCUGGUGUUUUUCGACGAUAAAAUCAACAAGAAUCACCCAUUUUGAUCGAUUUGAUGUAUGUAAAUAUGAGGAUUAAUAAAAUAAUAAUGGGAAA